AUGAGCUCGGGACCAAUCCCAAAGACGCAAACCGUCGCGCUCGUUCGCGAGCUCGGCGGCGCUGUUGAGUUCCAAGACGAUUAUCCAGUUCCUGUACCUGGUCACAAUGAAGUUCUAGCCAAGGUUCUCUAUUCUGGAGUGUGCCAGAGCGACCUUCAUACCAAGGCCGGAACCGCAGCUGGUGCAGACGGCAAUCCCAUCACCCAGAUCAAGCUCCCUCAUGUCGGUGGCCAUGAGGGAGUCGGACGUAUCGUCGCUCUAGGUCCCGGCUGUGGAUCAGAUAUCAAGAUUGGGGAUCUUGUUGGCAUCCGCUUUGCAAGUCGUAUUUGCCGGCGAUGUGAGUUCUGCCUUGCAGGAAUGGAGCAGUACUGCUUGAGGAGCAGAAACCACCUGCAUCAUGAGGAUGGAAGUUUUCAGGAGUAUAUUGCACUGGACGGAGACUACCUGACGAUUCUGCCCAAUGAUGUUGAUCCAAGCGUGGUCGGACCGGUGCUGUGUGCCGGGGUGACGGUGUAUAAGGCUGUCCUUAACGCUAAUCUGAGAGCUGGAAACUGGCUGGUUGUGGUGGGUGCUGGUGGAGGCCUGGGUCAUCUGGCGGUUCAAUACGCCCGGGCACAGGGGGCCUUGGUAAUUGGUGUGGAUGGGCCAGGCAAGCGAGAUUUCGUGCUGGGUCUCGGAGCCGAAGAAUUCAUCGACUUCACCAAAGAAGAUCCGAUCAAACGUGUCCACGACAUUACCGGUCUUGGGGCUCAUGCUGUUGUAGUGACUGCAGGAAGCGCAAAGGCUUUCGCCCACGCGUGUGAAAUGCUACGGAUUGAAGGUACUCUAAGUUGUGUGGGAAUCCCCCCAGGUCGUCCUUGUCUGGAAACAUCGAUUGCGACCAUUGUCAUUAGGGGCUUGAAGAUCACUGGAAACCUGGUUGGAUCAUUGAAAGAAUGUAUGGAGGCUGUUGAUCUUGUAAAGCGAGGGAUGGUAAAGCCGGAGAUCAAGGUUCGGCAAUUCGAAGAGCUGCCAGCAGUAUAUGAGGAAAUGGAGAAAGGCGAUAUCUCUGGAAGAAUUGUGCUCAAAAUUGCUGAUCCAUAG